AUGGCAUUUGCAGGCUCGCCUUUUGAGGCUGAAGUCGUCAAUGAAAGGAUAGAAGGACGGGGGAAGUACACGUUUCCGGAUGGGAAUGUUUACAUUGGGGAGUUCAAAGACGGCCAGUUUCACGGAACAGGCACCAUCCAUUUCACGCACGGCGGCAAAUACGACGCAUCCUGGGACAACGGGCGCGCGGUCGAGGGCACCUACACAUUCCACGACGGCCUAACCUACACCCCCACCACCUGGGACUACUGCACGCCCCCCGACCGCCGUUUCUACUCCGAGCGCGUGAACGGGUUCCUCCCCGGCGAGCCGCAGCUGAGCAACGACGUGAAUGGGCCGCGGGAGAUUCCUGCUGAUACGUUUGAUGUGGGCGAUGGGUAUUACGAUCCGAAGGAUGAGGUGAUUAGGGGUUAUGGGGGGGAGGUGAUGAGGGUGCCGGAGGAGGAGGAGAGGGAGUGGGUUGUUGGGUGA